AUGGCGAAUGGAGAAGAAGGGAUGAGACUAAAAAUUGGGGUUGAAGGAGACGAUCACAGUGGAGGCGCGACCACUUCGUCCGGGGGGAAGCUAGGGCUCGCGGUGGCUGUUAGCGUGAGGUACACCUCGCGGUAUCGCCGGUUUAGUGCGGUGGUCAGGAUAAGAGGAGAAGGUUGGCGGGGAUGCGCGAGCCCCGGUGGUUAUGAUUGGGGUUCAGGGGUAGCCCGUGGUGGCUUGGGGGUGGCCAAAAUUGGGGGACCCGAGGGCACGGUGAGGGUGAGGCCUAGAGUGGUGGCCGACGAGUACUGGCGAUGGAGGCGUGAUGGAGUGGAAAUGGAGGCUGCUUGGGGGAGGGGCUUUGGACGUGUGAUGGUGUGGCUUGAACCGGGACCUUUGGAUGGUGAACAGUUUGACGAGGUAGUGACAUGGCUUGGAGAGAGUUCAAUGUUGGCAGAGGAAAUGACUAGGGACGGUGGUGCUGAGGCUCCAGUAGAUGGAGAAAAUGAUGAAACAAUUGAAACUGUAAUAGAUGGAUACAAUGAUAAUACAACUGAAGAAGAGGAAUAA